UUUUCUAUUAUUUUAUUGUCUCUCUGCAACUCUUCUUUGUCUUAAAGAAGACGAAACAAUCUCUUUCUUUUUUCUCUGUUUUUCUAACUUUUCUUCUAAUGUCCAUGGCUACAAAGCAACAAUAAAGCAAAGUUUAUAUAAAAAUCCUUUAUUUUUUUUAACAUAGAAAUGCUCUUCAAUCUUUUGUGUGUCAAGCCAUGUGAGUUCACUGACACGGUCUCUUCUUCUUCUUCUUAUUUGUAUUUAUUGUCUUUACUGAGUCACUGACUCAGUGAGUCACAUACGGCAUUCUCUCUGUCUCUUCUAUAUGGAUUAUUCUUAUCCGGCAAGAAGCAGCUCGCCGUUAUCGUAUCGGAAAUCUUCGAGUUUUUCGUCCACUUCUUCGACUUCUUCGUUUUUCAGCAACAAACCAAUGCAUCACAUGAGCUCCUCGUCUUCGUCUUCGUUUUUCAACUCGGGGAGUGAAUACGGUUCUCGAUCCAUGUCCGAUUCGAUGCACUACGGUUCUCAAGGUUACAAUGCUCGCCCGCCAGUUGCUUACGGGUCGGAUGAGAUAAUAGGCGAGCCGUUCGAGGCGUCGAGACCGGGGGAUAGUAUUUCAGUUACAAUUCGGUUUAGGCCCUUGAAUGAAAGGGAAUUUCAUAGAGGGGAUGAGAUCGCGUGGUAUGCGGAUGAGGAUAAUAUUGUGAGAAACGAGUAUAAUCCAGCUACUGCUUAUGCUUUUGACAAAGUAUUCGGGCCUCAAGCAACAUCGCAAGAGGUUUAUGAGGUAGCUGCUAAACCUGUAGUGAAGGCUGCAAUGGAAGGUGUUAAUGGAACUGUCUUUGCUUACGGUGUUACAAGCAGUGGGAAGACACACACUAUGCAUGGAGAUCAAAAUGCUCCUGGUAUUAUACCUUUGGCAAUAAAGGAGGUAUUCAGCAUUAUCCAAGAUACUCCAGGGCGAGAAUUCUUACUCCGUGUGUCGUAUCUUGAAAUCUACAAUGAGGUUAUAAAUGAUUUGCUUGAUCCCACUGGUCAAAAUUUGCGCGUUAGAGAAGAUGCUCAGGGAACUUACAUCGAGGGUGUAAAAGAAGAAGUGGUUUUGUCGCCUGGGCAUGCCCUAUCUUUUAUUGCUGCAGGGGAAGAGCAUCGUCAUGUUGGUUCAAAUAACUUCAAUCUCUUUAGCAGCCGAAGUCAUACUAUAUUCACAUUGAUGAUUGAGAGUAGUGCCCGUGGUGAUGAAUAUGAUGGAGUGAUCUUCUCUCAACUUGUAUGGUUUAAUCAAUCUUUUAUUUUUCAAGAAAGAACAUUCCUCUUAAUAAAUGGCUUGACUUGUUACUUUCUUUGUUCCUUUAUUCAGAAUUUGAUUGAUUUAGCUGGGUCUGAGAGUUCAAAAACUGAUACAACUGGAAUAAGGAGAAAGGAAGGAUCUUACAUAAACAAAAGUCUACUGACUCUUGGAACUGUAAUAGGAAAGUUAAGUGAAGGAAAAGCUUGUCAUGUUCCAUAUCGUGACUCCAAGCUUACCCGUCUUCUGCAAUCUUCACUAAGUGGGCAUGGACUUGUUUCGCUCAUUUGCACUGUCACGCCUGCAUCUAGCAAUAUGGAGGAAACUCAUAAUACCCUGAAGUUUGCAAGCAGGGCUAAGCGAGUGGAAAUCUAUGCCUCACGUAAUAAGAUUAUUGAUGAAAAAUCAUUGAUUAAGAAGUAUCAAAGAGAAAUUUCUGUCCUCAAAGAAGAACUUGAUCGGCUAAGGAAGGGAAUGGUUGUUGGUGUUAAUCAUGAAGAACUUUUGAGCUUAAAGCAACAGUUGGAGGAAGGUCAGGUGAAAAUGCAGUCAAGAUUAGAGGAAGAAGAGGAAGCCAAAGCUGCUCUGAUGAGCAGAAUCCAAAGGCUUACCAAGCUUAUACUUGUUUCUACCAAAGAUACAAUCCCUGGAAGUUUGAGCGAUUUACCUAGUCAUCAAAGGAGGCAUUCUGUUGGUGAGGAGGAUAAACUGGAUCUACGAGUAGGUGAUACCUUGCUUAUAGAUGAUGAGAAUCAAAAAGAUUCUCCAUCUUUGGUUUCGGCACUUGUUACUGGUCCAUGUUAUGAGUUUAAACACAGAAGAUCCUCCAGCAGGAGGAAUGAUGAAUUCUCACCAGCUAGCCGUACUUUCACUGAGUCUACUCAAGCGGGCGAACUUAUUACUGGGAGUAAACCGCUGGCAGGCCGGAUGACAUCAGAUCAGAUGGACCUUCUUGUUGAGCAAGUUAAGAUGCUUGCUGGAGAGAUUGCACUUAGCACCAGUACCCUGAAACGGCUGGUGGACCAGUCUGUAAAUGAUCCUGAUGGCUCAAAAACCCAGAUUCAGAAUUUGGAAAGAGAGAUUCAAGAAAAGAAGAGGCAAAUGAGGGUUUUAGAGCAACGCAUAACUGAGAGCGAAGCUUCAAUUUCUAAAGCAACAUUUGUGGAUAUGCAGCAGAAAGUUAUGAAAUUGAUGACUCAGUGUAAUGAACAGAGUUUUGAGCUAGAGAUCAAAUCAGCUGAUAACCGUAUCCUCCAAGAACAGCUGCAGAACAAGUGUUCUGAGAUUGAGGAAUUGCAAGAGAAGGUGAAUCUCCUGGAGCAGCACUUGGCAUCUCUUUCCGGUGACAAAUUAUUAUUGUCAUCCAAAGAGGGAAUAUCUGAAGAAUAUGUUGAUGAGUUAAGAAAAAAGGUCCAAUCUCAGGAGAUUGAAAAUGAAAAAAUAAAACUCGAACAGGUGCAGCUCUCAGAGGAGGCCAGUGGGUUGCGUGUCCAAAAUCAAAAACUUGCUGAGGAAGCUUCUUAUGCUAAAGAAUUAGCAUCUGCUGCUGCAGUUGAGUUAAAGAGUUUGGCUGGUGAGGUGACAAAGCUCUCAGUACAAAAUGGAAAACUAGAGAAGGAAUUAAUAGCUGCUCGAGAAUUGGCACAUUCUAGAAGUUUUGCUAAUUCAACUUUCAAUGGUGUUAACCGCAAGUACAAUGACAGCAUGAGAUCUGGCAGGAAGGGACGGCUCUCUGGUCGCUCUCAAGACUUUUCAGUAGCAGUUGGUGAUGACUUUGAGUCCUGGAAUCUUGAUCUAGAUGAUCUAAAGAUGGAACUACAGGCUAGGAAACAGCAGGAGGCAGCUCUUAAAGCAGCUCUAGCUGAGAAGGAAUUGAUUGAAGAUGAGUAUCGGAAAAAAGUUGAAGAAGCAAAGAAGAGGGAGGAAGCUCUUGAGAAUGAUUUAGCUAACAUGUGGGUGCUUGUUGCUAAGUUGAAAAAAGGAGGAGCUGCUGCUACGCUUGACAGUAAUACAGAUGAGCCGCACAGUAAUGGUACUGAUAAUAUCGAAGAUCCGAAAGCAAACAACAUCGAGAGUAACAAUGUCCUGAAGGAGAGACAAGUUUCUGAAGUGCCUUCAAAACCAGCUAAUGAAAGACCCAAAGAAGAACCUCUGGUUGUACGUCUGAAGGCUCGAAUGCAAGAGAUGAAGGAAAAAGAGCUCAAGUCCCUUGGAAAUGGAGAUACUAAUUCCUAUAUUUUGUAAAGUAUAUUUUGAGUCACCCACUGCUCCUCUUUUCUCUCGUGUCGUCAUUUCAUUGCUUGAGAUAACCUGUUUCCUAUUUUCAGUGAUAAGCGGGUAUCAAUUCUUUCUUUAAUUUAUCUGUGUAACUGUUAAGGUUAGUGUACCAGAAGUUUGUUCUCUCCUUCACUGAGAAGCAGCUGUAAAAAUAAAUAAAGAGAUUUAAGGUUAAAAAUAUUUUUGAAAAAGAAAAAAAAAAGGUUAAUUCAUUAAAAAUUGCAGAUACAAGGUGUUGCUUUGUUUAAAAUUCACGGCAAAGGUUGUGAUCUGUCUUUCAAAACUUUUCAAUUGCUUUGUACAGAAACGAUUUAUUAAAUGUUCUUUUUUCUCGCUUA